AUGUUGAGCAAACCUCUUCAGGGGCUUGCGGUGGCCCCCGUGACCCCCACUCCGCCGCCAGGAGGCAAGGAUCGGGAAGCGUUCGAGGCCGAGUACCGACUCGGCCCCCUGCUGGGAAAGGGGGGCUUUGGCACGGUCUUCGCAGGACAUCGCAUCACGGACCGGCUCCAGGUGGCCAUCAAAGUGAUACCCCGGAAUCGCGUGCUGGGCUGGUCCACCCUGUCGGAGACAGAGUCGGUCACAUGCCCGCUGGAGGUGGCGCUGCUCUGGAAGGUGGGAGCAGGCGGGGGGCACCCCGGUGUGAUCCGCCUGCUCGACUGGUUUGAGACCCCCGAGGGCUACAUGCUGGUCCUUGAGCGGCCUCUGCCGGCCCAGGAUCUCUUUGACUACAUCACUGAGCAGGGCCCGCUGGGCGAGGAACGGAGCCGCUGCCUCUUCACCCAGGUGGUGUCGGCCGUGCGGCACUGCCACACCCGGGGGGUCGUGCAUCGCGACAUCAAGGACGAGAACAUCCUGAUAGACCUCCGCCGAGUGUCUAUCAAACUCAUUGAUUUUGGUUCCGGUGCCCUGCUUCAUGAUGAGCCCUACACUGACUUUGACGGGACAAGGGUGUACAGCCCCCCGGAGUGGAUCUCUCGCCACCAGUACCACGCCCUCCCGGCCACCGUCUGGUCCCUGGGCAUCCUCCUCUAUGACAUGGUGUGCGGGGACAUUCCCUUCGAGAGAGACCAGGAGAUUUUGGAUGCUGAGCUCCACUUCCCGGACCACGUGUCCCCAGACUGCUGUGCCCUAAUCCGCCGGUGCCUGGACCCCAAACCUUCUGCUCGACCCUCCUUGGAGGAGAUCCUGGUGGAUCCCUGGAUGCAGACCCCAGAUGAGGAUGCACCCCCUGACACCCCUAAAGGGGGUUCCGCCCCUUUGGCCUGGUCCCUGCUGCCCUAG